GCCAUAUUGUUUAAAAGUAAAAAUAAAUAAAGUUAUCGAAAAUGAACCCGGCAUUUGAAUGUUUAGAAAAUAUCCGAUCGGAUGUAUUCAAGAAAACAUUGUCAAUUGUAGAAAUAAAAGCAUACAUAAAAUGCUAUGAGAAAGAAACGAAAAAUUAUCGUGAGAAAACUAAAGAUUACAAAGAAAAAAUUAGAAAAAUCGACAGGGAAAUUAUGGUAUAUAAAGUUAUGAAUGAGAAACUUUCUAAAGUUUAUGAAACUUCCAAAGAAACGUUCAAUCUUUCUCUACAGUCAUCAACGUAUCUUCAACAGCAUAUAAAAACUGCAGAAACCGAGCUAAAGGACGUUUUAUCAAAACAACACGAAAUUCUUAAUAAGUUUUCGAAAAUUUACGACGACACCAAAGAAAGGUUACAAAAAAGUUCUCCUCUCUAUAGAGAAAUGCAAGAACUGUCCAUUGAGGUCAAGUUAACCAAAUUUAAUUGCUUAGACUUGCAAGCAAAAAUAAAUAUUAAUCAAAAAAUUAAUAAGCAACGCCAAGAAAUUGGGCAAAAAUUAUUUUAUAAUGACAUAAUAAAGUUGGCUAAUGCAUGGGUAAAUCACCAAAAGUACCUUAAAGCUGUUAAAGAUUUAGAAAAAGCUCAACAGUUAGAAAGGGAGAACCUAAGAGAACUACUUGAAGUCCAAGAAGAAGUAAAACGGGUUGGGUAUAAUAGAUCUAAAAAUCAUAUGGCGAAAAUAAAUGAAAAGUUGGCGAUUCAAAAUAAUUCUUCUGCUGAAGAUGAAAAGAAAAUCGACUUUUGGACUAAAGAACUUGAAUAUAACAAAUUAUUUAAGCAACCAUCAAUGAGAGUGGAACCACAAAAUAACAAUAAAGUCAGGAUUAUUGAAGACGUUGUUAUAAAUAUGGGCAUUGAAAAUAAUCUGAAUACUAGUAAAAGUGCUUUGAGUUUUAAAAGGGAGGAAAAAAGAAAAAAUCUUCAAAAAUUGUUUAAAAAAUAUGCCAAAAGAUCAUCUAGGCAAAAUUCUUUUACAAGUGAUAUGAAUGCAUCUGUUCAAAAUUUGGAUAUAAGUCAAGAAUUAGUUUCAUCUCAAAAGUCAGUUAAUGAGUGCAAAGUCAAAAAAUCAAUCUUAAACACUUCUAACCAUAAUUCUCAAAAUAAUACACAAAACUUCACACCUGUUCCCACUCCUGUAAACUCUCAAAAAUCUCAAGAGGCACCACAAACAAAUAAAUACGAGAACAAUCCAAUUGUUAAUUUAGAAAAAAAAGUUGAGGAAAAAACUAAUAACAAAAUGGAACCAAACAAAAUAAAGAAAUCGGUGAAGUUUGAAUUAAUACCUGAAAAAAAUAAACAAUUUCCUCAACCCAGUUCAAGUGUCGAAUUUGGUAAGAAUAGAAAUGAACAAAACUCAAGCAUAUUUUUUUCGAAGAAGCCUUUUGGUAACAGGAAUGAGAAUACAAAUACAAUUAUUAUGGAUGAAAAUGUUUUUAAAAAUCCGAUCCCUUCAGAGAAGUUUGACCAAUUUUUCCAAACCGAUAAUAAUAAUUUUACUUUUACUAUCGAUAGUAAAGAACAAUCAUUUGAUCAAAGUUUUGCAAUGGAAAACAUGAGUUUUAAUAUGAAUUUUGGUGAUUCUGGAACAAUGCCAUUUUCAUUUGAAAACGAUAAGAAAUUUGGAGUAUUUCAAUAAUAUGGUUUCAAUUAUUAUUUCGUUGUUUAUUGAUUAAAUUUGUUAAAUUUGUCUUCUAAUAAAAGAUUAUUACGUUUUCUAAAAGAAAUUAUUACUUACAUGCAAUGGCAAAAUUUGUUGGCUAAACUGAGAACAAGCCAAAGCGAUUUUGUUGUUGGUCUGUUGCAGUGGUUGAAUUUGGACUUGACUUGGAAGCAGACAACAUUCAUCU